CACCAAGCUCAAGUCUAAGCCCAGAUCCCAGCUCCGCCGCUAUCGCAACACCCGCAGCGCAGACACCAUCACCAGCAAACACGCCCCCACCAGGCUGCACCCCGCCAACUGCUGGUUCAGAUACCGCUCUUGCUAUCCGCCAAAACGACUCAACCUCUGACCCCUGCAAAUGCGUCCCCGGCGCCGGCCACCCUGGCGCUGUGUAUCUCUGCUAGCAAGACCCAAACAUGGAGCCCGCCCCCAGGGAGGUGUGUCAGUGGUACGAAACCCAACUUCCAACGACGUGCCGCAAGUUGGAGAUGCCCAUUGGCAGGAUGUGGUCCAUGGGGCCGGACUUUGGCGGGACGUGUAGUCCGUAUAGCACGCUGGGUUGUGACGCGGGGAGUGAAGUGGCUGUUGGGGAGGGCGCGGGUGAAAAGAGUAUCGCAUGCCCUGAGAAAGGGUUGACGCCGAAUCCUGCGCUGGAUAGGACGUUUGCGAUGAAGUUUUUUGCUUCAACCGCCGUUUAUGAUCCUGCGGUUAGAGCGGGCAAGACUACGACAAUAAACACGGUUGUUGUUACUCCAUCGCCCGUGAAGAGGUUGAUGCCGGAGCAUGCAGCUAAGUUUCCUUCUACACGUGGAGAUUAGUCGGUUUUUUUUUUGGGUUCCUUUUCGUUGUGUUUUGGGUCUGGGAACUGGGAAUGCGGACAUCGAAAAGCUCAGGAUUGUUUCAGAUAUGUCAAGUCUGCAUUUGUUACGGGGGUGAAAGAAGCGUUUGUGGAGAUUCUUGUGAGCAAUCACUGUGGCCGACAGUUGAAACUGAACUUUGUUAGCUGUAG